AUGAGCACAAGUGUGAGUCCAGAUGUUGCCUAUGUGCUUAAAAAUUUAGAUGAAGUUAGGCGCGAUAAUCGAAAACGAAAACAUGAUUUUGUUGUACAAUAUCGUGAAAAUGAAAGUCUUGAUGGUGAUAAUCUUUUGAGUAAAGAAGAAACUCAAUCACAACCAAAAGUUGAAGUCGAAAACAUUGAUAAUACAAGUUAUCGAACAUUGAUUAUGGUCGAUCCUGAUGCACCAAGUCGUGAUGAUCCUGUCAAAGGUCCUGUUCUUCAUUGGCUUGUUGCUAAUUUUCAACAUAAUAAUCUUACAGAUGGUCAUACAUUAUAUUCAUACAAUGGACCUGCACCUCCAGCUGGUUCUGGUACUCAUCGAUAUAUAUUCUUACUUUACCAAUCAAUUGAUAAAAUUCCUGAAAAAAAAUUCGAAAGUACACAACGUUUACGUUUUCCACUUCAACAAUAUGUAACCGAUAAUCGACUUGGACUUCUUGACGCAACUUAUUUUACUGUUAAUAAUUAA